AUGGAGAGGAAGGGGGAGAACAGGGGGGAGGAGGAGGAGGAGGAGGAAGAGGAGCAGGGGAUACGGCCAGGAACUCUGGCUCAGCGCAUCGCUCCGCCGCUCCUGGCCCACCACUUUCCGACGCGACGCGCUGACCUUCCUGAGGCGCUGCGCUCCUCCUCCUCCUCCUCCUCCUCUCCUCCUCCUCCUCCUCCUCCUCCUCCUCCUCCUCCUCCUCCUCCUCCUCCUCCUCCUCCUCCUCCUCCUCCUCCUCCUCUUUCCUCCUCCUCCUCCUCCUCCUCCUCCUCCUCCUCCUCCUCCUCCUCCUCCUCUGUUGUUGGGCGCGCUGACCCCGUCCCUCCCCCGGAGCGGCAGCGCCCCCAGCCUCUCCGAGAGCCUCCCGCCCCCCCGGGGUGGCACGGCACGCCCCGUGCGCUCGCCAGGCACGGCGUGCCGCCGGGGCCACCGCCACGACGCGCCGAGAAAAAAGUCCCCGACCGUAGAAGGAGGAGGAGGAGGGGGGAAGAGGAGGAGGAGGAGGAGGAGGAGGAGGAGGAGGAGGAGGCUGGAGGAGGAGGAGGAGGAGGGGGACGGGGAGGAGGAGGAGGAGGAGGAGGAGGAGAGGAUUCCCUACGCCAUUGCUCGUGGAGGAAGGAGGAGGGAGGAGGAGGAAGAGAGGAGGAGGAGGAGGAGGAGGCGGAGGAGGAGGAGGAGGAGGACCGACGCGCUGCGCAAAAAGUCCCCGACCGUACGGAGCGUCUCAGCGGGCCGCACCUCCCCCGCGGCGCCAUCUUCGAGUACGCGCGCCGCACCAACGCCACGGGCGUGGCCGUGGAGCGCGACCCCGAGAGGUGCGAGUUGCACGGGCAGGCGCUGCCUCAGGUGGCGGUGCAGUGCUCGGCAGUGACGCCGCAGAAUGUCCUGGAGUUGGUGGCGCGCGAGGUUGAGUUGCCUGCGGUGCUGGACGUCUUGAAGCCUCCCCGGCGGGUCGACUCCUACGACUGCCCGGUGCUGGAGGCGCUGCUGCCCGCCGUGGAGGCCCGGGUGGUGGUGGCAGAGGCGAACCCAUCGCUGCCCCCGCCGUAUCAAUGGGCGAUGUUGUACCAUCCACAGCUUUGGGACUUCUUCAACAGCUUCGAGCACCCGGAGGAGGUGCCCAUCCGCGGCUGCUCGCUCGCCUACCUCGUCGAGCUGCUGGGCCGCUACGGCUACGACUUUGUCGCCUUCGGAGGACACGAUGCCCUCUUCACCCACAGGUCGGUCCGGUCCGCCUGGCUGCCGCUGCGGCCGCCGAUGGACGAGUUCGACUGCUACAACGAGGCGUUCAUUGCCGCGAACGGCAUCUCGAUCCACAGCACGCGGCGCUGGUUCUUCGAGGUCAGCGACACGCAGGCCGCCGCGAUCGAGAUCUGGGACUUCUUCGUGGGCUGGAUGCACCAGCACGCGCCGCGGCUGUUCCCCUUCGCCCUGAGAGUAGGGCCGGUGAGCCUGCGCACCGAGGUUCCGGGCGGUUGCCGUGCUCCCCUGACCGUCAGUCAAGCUGCGGAUGGCUCGAACCUCGUGUGCAUCGAUUUGUGCUUUGUCCAGCUGGUGCAGGCGCCGCGCCACCUCUCCUGCAAGCCCAUCUCUGCGGGUCACUCGACCAACUUCGAGGCUGGUUUUGGCUUCAGCCUGUUCGGCGAGCUGGUGACGCUUGAGGUGCCGAUCCUCCUGGACCAACUAAUCAUCGAGACGAUCACCCUGAUGAAGAUGGCCACCGUAGUUCUGGUCAUCGGAGUCGCCCCGCUGAUGGGCAACCUCCUGGCGGUGCUGAUCCUUGGCAUGCUGGGCUUGUCGACCCUUGUGGUCCGCAUCUUCCUGCUGGGGCUCAUCACCCUGCUGGUUCUCAUCUUCCUGCUGGUUCUCAUCUUCCUGCUGGACUUCAUUUUCCUGCUGGAGCUGAUCGCCGGAGUGACGAACAUGUUGGCGCCGAGCCUCGGACAGAAGGAGAUGCAGAGCGUCGUCGACCGCCCUGAGCUCAGCAUCACCGACGAUCUGCACGCGCGGUGCCGCUUCGUGAACCCGUACUCCAGCGGCCCGUAUUUUGCACGAGGUUUGGCCCACUCGUGGCACAACAGCUCCGCUCAGACGCGCAUGCUCCUCACGCCGCGCGCAAAGGAACCGCUCUGGUCCGAGAGGCACGUCGCCCACAUCUUCACCACGCGGCGCGACCCCGGGGAGCUCACCUUCGCCGAGCUCGCCGGCACCAGGACGCUGACGGCCGUGGAGCUGGCCGAGUGCCUGUGCGCGGCCGACCCUGGCCCCGGGACAGCUGGUGGCCGCACCCCGAGGCCGGCCUGGCACGCCUCGAAUCGCGGCGCCGCCCCCUCGGACACGAGCGCGGCGCGCCCCUCGGGCAGCGCGGCGGCGCGGCCGGCAACGCCGCGCGGGGCCACGCCCCGCGCCCUCCCGAGCGCGGGCGCGCGGGCAGCCACGCCGCGCGAGGCCACGCCCCGCGCCCUCCCGAGCGCGGGCGCGCGGGCGGCGACGCCGCGCGACGUCGCGAGCCGCGCCCCCCCGGCGGCCCGCGCCGCCACCGCGGAGGGCAGCGCGCGCCCCCGCUGCGCGAGCGCCGCGGACGCGGCCAGCGGAGGGCGGCAGCCCGGCGGCGGCGCCGGCGCGGGGGGCCGUUGUGCCACCGCCGGCGGCGCGGGCGGCGCGGGCGGCCGCAGGCUCGGCAGCGGCGCACAGCCGGCCGCGCGGGGCCUCGGGCUCGUGUGGGGCUUCGCCGGCAGGGCGCGCGAGCACUGGCCACCGGACGCCGGGCUGCCGCCCAUGCUAUCCCCGAAGAGCGACCUGGCGGAUGUGGAGUGGUCGCUUGGCGCGUGCGGCCAGUGGGCUGUCGAGCAGCCCGCGUCUCUGGGCCGGGGGCUGCCGCUGCUGCCCUCGCCCCCCGCAGCGCCACCCCUCUCCCCUCACCGCAGAGCUCAGCGGACUGAGUCGGUCGAGGUCCUCGGCUGGCCAGUCGACCGGCCCUUCUCCUCGCAGCUGCCAGCCCCGCGGGAGCAGCAGAAUGGCCUCAAGGAGGUGGCCGACGGCGGGGGCGCGGACGCCGAGGCCCAGCAGCGGUCCGACCGCGAGCGCCCGGCGACGGGCUGCAUCAACUGGCGGCAUAUUUCGUUGCACGACUCCCUCAACAUGGACACCAAGGAGGAUUGCGUUCAGGCGUGCCGGGAGCAGCACGGCUGCGUGGCCGCCAACUUCCAGAGCGGGCCGUGCAGCGGCGAGCAGUACGGCGGCGUCGGCUCCGGGGCGUGUUAUCUCAACACAGACCUUUGCGCAUACGAAAAGAACAGCUGCUGGGAGCUCACCGAGAUUAAUCAAGUCUCACACACGGUGCCUUGGUCCCUCAAGUUGCAGAAACAGGGCUGCAAGAAUUUCAAGGAAGAUGCGAUCGCCUUGGUGCACGUUUGGAAUGUCGACCAGUGUGGCAAAAAAUGCCAGGACCACCGCGACUGCGUGUCGUUCCACUACCAGGACGCCGCGUGCCCGGCCACCGAGCACGGCCUGAGCCAGGGCCACGGCGAGGCCGGCAGGGGCGCCUGCUACCUCCUCAGGAGUCUCUGCGACAUCAUCCCCAACCCGUGCUGGGACGGCUACUACAUGAGCCAGGGCGCCCGAGCCUCCGAGCUGCACCUGACGCAGGCUGCAGCCGCCGGUGCCACAGAGAUCUACCUCGACUCGAUCCACGGCCUGAAAGUCACGUCCACGCUGAUGUUCAACAGCGAGCUCGGAUCGGCGGCAGAGACCAAGGAGAUCAUCGGCUUCCACCCGGUUGUUCUCGCAGCUCCUCUAGAACGAGAUUACGCGGUCGGGGCCACGAUCCUGGUGCGCCCCGUGAAAGACGAGGUCGACGAGACGGCGAGCGGAGUCAGCGGACCGCCGAGCAGCGCGAACAAGACGACCAACGCGACCAACGCGACGGGGCGACCGACCGCCAAGGCGGCGACCUCUGCGCUCGUCCGUCCGCUUGGCGAGGCCCGCUGCUGGAUUUAG